AUGGUCAGAGGGGCCGAUGUCGGUGAUUGGAUGGCCUUCUUAUUGUUCGUGGGGUUCACGACUCAAGGCAUUGAUGUGGCAGCGAUUGAUAAGGUGUUUUUGGGUAAAUGCUGUGAAGAGGGUACGAAUAGUUGUGCUGAUGCUUAUUAUGCUGGAUGUAUGUCUGUUGAACAGUGUAAAUACAGUUGCUGUUUGUCUAGCUCGACUCAACUCUUCACAUUCUACGGAGAUGUUUGGUAUUGA